AUGGGGCCAGCAGGCCUAGCCAGGGCUGUCCUCCUAGGGCAGGCAGCACCCGCUGCUGUCAACCACUGCGGCCGCCAGCACCCCUCACUCGACCCUGAGAAGCUCAAGAGAGCCAGGCUGCAUGUGGAGAGGGCCAUCAAGGAGAAGAAAAUCUUCACGGUGCAGGGCCCCUACCCCGUCAUCCGCAGGCUGCUGUGGGCACGGGGCUGGGUGGAGAGGAAGCUCCCUGGCACGGGCAGACGGCCCCAGCCGAACCAGGGCAGACGGCAGAAGCAGCUGCAGGAGGAGGAGAAGGGAGUUGAUGAUGGUGCUGAGCAGGGGGAAGCAGAGGAGGAGGAAGAGGAAGCGCAGCAGGACGAGGACCCAGACGGCAUCCAUGACGUCAUGUCCUGCCUGGUGCGGGACCAGGUGCCGUAUUUCAUCUGGGCCAACCGCUGCAGCGCUGUCGACUGCCAACUGCUGCGGCAGGACCAGCUCCUGAACCACUACACCGGGGUGGGCACUGUCACCACCAAGGAGGGGCUCUGCCUCAGCCUGCGAAACCUGCCCUGGGCUGACCAAGCUGACCCCGACUCCUUCUUCCCCCGGUGCUACCGGCUGGCGGCCGCUGAGGAGCGGCAAGCCUUCAUCGAGGAUUUCCGCCUGACAGCAGCUCGCAGCCUACUCAAAGUGGCCCUGGAGAGGGCUGAGGGGAUGGCACAGACCCCCAAAUCUCAUGAGGGGCCAGCAGCGCCAGGGCCCCCACUGUCCCCACAGCUGGUGGAAGAUGCCCUGUGGGUCUGCGAGCAGCACCUGGGCAGCUUGAGGCACCAGGACAUCGACGGGGACCCACUGUCCCCUCGUAUGACAGACAACGACUGGGACCGUUUCCUGAGGGACUACUACCGAGUGGUGCACGAGGGGGCCUGGCUGGCACUGAGCGGGGAACAGCGGGAGCGGUGCCAGGCCCUGCUGCGGUGCCUGGCAGAGCAGCUGCCCCAGCUCGCCAUGGAGGGCAACAGCAACAUCUGGAUCCUCAAGCCUGGUGCCAAAUCCCGUGGCAGAGGCAUCGUCUGCACGGCAUGGCUGGAGGAGGUGCUGCGGCUGGCGGGGAGCUGCGCGGCCCCCUCUGCGCAGGCAGCCAAGUGGGUGGUGCAGAAGUACGUGGAGAGGCUGCUGCUCAUCUUCGGCACCAAAUUUGAUGUCCGGCAAUGGUUCCUGGUGACCGACUGGAACCCACUGACCAUCUGGUUCUACCGAGAGAGUUACCUGCGCUUCUGCUCCCGGCCCUUCUCCCUGCGCCGCCUGGAGCCCGCCCGGCACCUCUGCAACGUCUCCAUCCAGCGGCGAUGCCGGCCGGCGCGGCGCCAGCACCCCCAGCUGCCCCCUGACGGGAUCUGGUCCUGCCGCCAGCUCCAGGCCUACCUGGCACAGGUGGGGCGGGCGGGCGCCUGGCAGCAGGUGAUGGUGCCUGGUAUGAAGGCGGCGGUGGUGGGCGCCCUGCGCAGUGCCCAGGACCUGGUGGAGUCCCGCAAGGGCAGCUUUGAGCUCUAUGGGGCUGACUUUGCCUUUGGGGAGGAUUGCCAGCCCUGGCUGCUGGAGAUCAACGCCAGCCCCACCAUGGCCCCCUCCUCGGCGGUGACCAGGCGGCUCUGCGCCAGGGUACAGCAGGACACGCUGCGUGUGGUGAUCGACCGCAGGGACAACCCCGCCUGCCCCACUGGUGCCUUUGAGCUCAUCUACAAGGAGGCGGCCGUGCCCACACCUCUGUACGUGGGGCUGAAGAUGAUGGUGCAAGGCUGCUCCAUGAGGAAGCCCCAGCUGGCAAAGCACCAAUCUCUGGGCAAGCCCCCAACCACUGUGCCCCCCAGCUCCAAGGGCAGAGGCACCCAGAUUCCCCAGCUGGGAGCAGUGCAGAGGGAAGGUGGGGGCACAGCUGGUGGGAGGGGGCUGUGGGCAAGAAUUGGGGCCACUACAGCAGUUUCUCUGCCAGAUCAGAGUGUGGGCAGGAAAAGACACCUCCGCUCCCACCUGCUGCAGUCACAGCUGCCACGCUGA